GAUUAGAUUCUUGGUUAGAAAACAAGAAAUGACAGGAAAGCUACACACAGAAGAGGAGAACAGGGAUUGCAGAGAGACCCGAGUUAAAUUGUUAAGUUUGGUGACGCUUAUUUUUACUAUACUGACACAAAACGAUUAUUUCACUUGUGAGAUAACCUCUGACGACGUCACCCGACAUUCAAUCUACCUCAGCAGCUCCAGUUGGGAAACAGAAUUAGAUUCCAGCCGGCACUCUACCUCUAACAUCAUCCCUCCAACAUGAGCGAUGAUGAGGAGAGACACAGCCAUGGAGCCAGGCAGGCCCCCAACGUCAAACCCAAACUCACCCAGACAGAGAGGAACAGCAAGGAGGACACGUGGAAGAAGGUUAGGCCUGCUAAAGUGAGGAGAUCAAGGAGUACCGACUCGGAGAGGGGGGAAAGAGGCAGGAGGAGAGAACGAGACAGCAGGCACCAGGGAGAGGGGAGGCAGCGGGGAAGGAGUGAGGAGGCCCGGAGGAAGGUGAAACCCCCUGAAGAUGAUGUGCAGGACACUGAGUGCGCUGUGUGUUUCUGCACAUACGAUAACAUCUUCAAGACCCCAAAGCUGCUGGUGUGCGGGCACACCUUCUGCCUGGAGUGCCUUGCUCGCAUCAACGUGACCUCUCCUGAGAUCAAGACCCUGUGCUGCCCCAUAUGCCGUGAGCUGACCAAGCUCCCCCACGGCCAGGACCUGCCCCGCCUGGGCAACAAUGAGAACAUCAUAAGCAAACUCCCACCAGACAUGCAGAGGGCACUGUCCAUCCGCUUCAAGCGUGGCAAGGGCAAACUGCUCCUGAAGAACCCUCCUCCCAGCAGCCCGAUCAAUUUUAACAUCCUCAGCCUGCCUAAAAAGAGCCACGAUGGCCAGGUGACAGCAGGUGGUGACCUCCACUUGAAUGCCAUGGAGCAGGGAAUAGCCCUGCCCACUGUGGUGAACGUAGGCAGGCCUCCAAACAGGGUCAGAGGUCGCAUGCGCAGGUUGUUCCGCUCGGACCGGUGCUACUACGCCGUGGUGGCGUCCAUCAUCACCAUCACUGUGGCGCUCAUGCUGGUAGGGAUUCUGGCCUUUGUGAUUAUACCGAAUGUGAUUGGACCAAGGCCUGCAGGGUCACAUGGUACCACAAAUACAGGCAGUCCAGAAACUAGACCCUGAAGGGGACACGGGACAGGCUGUGGAGAUGAGACUUAAGGGGAGAAAGAGAAUAUGAUUUCUUCUGAUUCUCAGUGAUCAUUUUACUUGCUUUUGUUCUAUUGGUGAAGGAAAACUUAAUCACUGGAACACAUUCAGGCCAAUUCAGUGAAGCGAAGGAAUGAAGGAAAACAAGGGCACCGACAUUUUUUUUUAAACGAAGGACACACCGACUCAACUCAACUUGACAACAGGGAGAACAGGGCAAACCUGCACGUUUUUGGUUUUUUUGCUCUUUUCUGAACAUGUUUGUAAUUACUGUGAAAGCCAAAUAUAGCCUACUAUAUAUUUUUUUUUUUAAACUGAUAAGCUGUAAAUGUUGAAUUGCACUAAACAUUGUAAUGUAAAGACUUGAGUAUCGUUUAAUUGCAUCAGGCUGAUUUCCAUAACCAGUUUAAGGUUUCUAGCUCCUACAACUUUUGUUCAUAAAUAGCCAUGGAUGAUUUAUAGGCUAUAUACGGUAAGUAUUUUCUUUUUCCACUUAGAAGAAGGGAUUUUAUUCCUCACCUUAUUUUUGAGACUUAAAGCUCAUGGUUCAGUAUUUUCAAAACAUAUGGUAACAACUUGAUUCCUAUACACAUGUAUGUGUUCUUCUUCUCUGUGUGUACAUAGUGGGGAUUUUCUGUCCAUUUUCGUGACACUUCCCACGUCCCAAGUAAAAACAGAUUAUUUACA